AAAAAGCUGCCUUUUGUUCUACUUACAAAUUACAGUAAAUCAAUAAAGCCUGUAGAUAAUAUCGCAUUUAUCAUUUUAUUUAUCAUCAUUAUUCCUGAUCUGUGAUAAAAAUAAACAACUCAAGUGGAUUAUUGCAAAUAGAUUCUUUCAUAAAAAGUCAUCAUCACCUAAUUAAGCGAAUCACUUUACUUCAGUCUUUUUUUGAGGUUGUACUUUGUUUACUGCUACUGAAAACUCUUCGUUAAGAAGAAGAAUCUUUAUUUCAACAAUGGUUGAUGACUGGGUAAUAAAAACGAUGUAUGCAACUAAAAGACGCCGGAAAAAUCCUAAAACAAAUAAACCAACAUGUUCAGGUGGAAUCCCACCCGAGCAGAACGUCAAGUCGAAUCCAAGCAAACGACAUCGAGAACGCUUGAAUUCGGAACUGGAACACUUGGCUAGUUUAUUACCAUUUGAACAGAAUGUUAUCGUUAAGUUGGAUAAAUUAUCAAUUCUGCGACUGGCAGUUUCUUAUCUUCGCAUUAAGUGUUACUUUCAUGCUUUAUCCUUUGAUCGGCUAGUGACGGAGAAUAGGCUUGUAUCUCAUUUGUAUCAUUGUCCGUUUGACUUGACAAGAAUUGAAGGCGAAGCCUGUUUGCAGGCUUUAAAUGGAUUCAUAUUUAUUAUGUCCUGCGACGGCGAAGUGUUCUCUGUAUCAAAAACUGUGGAACAUUAUUUAGGCUUUCAUCAGGCUGAUAUUUUACACCAGAGUGUCAUGGAACUUAUUCAUUCAGAAGACAGAGAAGAGUUUCGAAGGCAGUUAUCGUGGAGAUCAAUGCUUUCUCCAGAGCUACAAUCAACUGCAUUACAUGAUCUAAUGAGUCCAGAAAAUGUUCAUUAUCUGAAACGUCGGUUCACUGUACGAUUUCGAUGCCUUUUGGAUAACACAUCUGGAUUUAUUACUCUUGAGCUAAGUGGUAGGUUGCAAUUUCUACAUGGGCAGGCUAGAAGCAUGCAAAUGGCUGUAAAUUCUGGACAGAUCAAUCCUAGCACCAAUAUAAACGUAAUGAACAAGUAUAGUACACCGAAUUCUUUUAAUAGUGGAUCAACUUCUAGUCAGCAUACCCUACCUCCGCUUGGACUUUUUGCUGUCUGUAGUCCACUCGGACCAUUACCAAGCCUAAAUGGUCCUCAAAGAGAUGCGACUUUUAAGACAAAACAUCAGUUAGAUUUCACUGUUAUCACAAUUGAUGCUCGUGCACGCCUUCUGUUUAACUAUUCUGAUGCUGACCUGCAGAAUUUCAAAGUUUAUGAUCUCGUACAUCCGGAUGAUUUGCGUUAUGUAGCUAAGGGGCAUAAGGAACUUUUUAAGGUUGGCUCACUUGGUCUACUUGUACACCGAUGGUUAAAUAAACAAUCUCAAUGGGUUUGGUUGCAGUCUCGAAUAAAACUAAUCAUGAAGAGCGGUAAACAGGAUCACAUUAUCGUGAUACAUCGUCAGUUAUCGAAUGAGGAAGGUAUGGAAUUACUUAUUAGAAGGACAGAUGAAUACAAAUUACCCUUCCCACUACUCGAACCAGAAACUUUAUUAAAUGGAGAAGAGCUUUCAGCAAGCAAUACUACUUCUCACAUGGAUAUCAAUUCAACUUUCCCAAUGUAUCAAAUGAAACAUUUUGAUCCCCAUAUUAUUGGAAGUAGUGAUCAGAAGUUAUAUGGAACAAACAUUAAAAGUGAUAAAAUUAAUUUAGGAUCAAAACAUACAGCAGAAAAUGUUUCCAACUCUGAUAUAUGUGCUGACAGUAUCGGUUUUAGUCAUAAGCGAGGUAACUGUAGGCAGCUGGUGGAUGCCGUGGUUAACAAUACCCAAGUGGAAAGAUGUCUAACUGGGACAACUUUAGACAAUUAUUGUGGCAAUCUUCAGUUACCUGGAGUCGAAUCUAAUUUAUUAGAGCAUUGUCUGAACAAAUCGGCUAGACAGUCCAAGGUUAUUCAGACUACAGUUCGGCGUAGAAAGAGGACCGUAAAAGAAAUGAUUGCGUCUGAAGUAAAUAAAUGUCGACUUAACCAUCGUGGUUCUUGUACGACAGCAUGCAUUUAUAUGUCAUCUGAACAAAUGGCUAGUCAAAUCAACUAUGGUGCCAAUAUUUAUCCACCAGCACAUCUUCCUUUAAGUUUCACUCAGACAUUACCAAGAAGCAGCGAGUCAUUUUGUCGAAAUCCUUACUUAUGUUGGCCAACAAACAAUUCCACAACAGCGAUGUCAACAAAUCUCGGCCUAAACAAGUUAGAUAAUUCAGACCAGUUUCCUCAGUACGACUCAAGUGAAAUGGGUUUAUUUAUGAUUGAUUCACGGCAUUCAAAUCAGAACAUACAUGAAUUGGGUAUACAAGGCCAUUAUCCCGCUAGAAACUAUCCAACAGCCUAUGAUGCAUAUUCCGCAGCAGUCGCUGCAGCUGCUGUGGUCGCAGCAGCUACCGGCAGUUGCAAUUCAAAACAGCAGAACCAAAACCAUCACGGUCUAUCAUUUUAUCAACAAUAUCAGUCACAGAACUCGUUGAAUAACCAAACGAAACCGUAUAAACGACAUUGUUUAAGUUCAUCGCAUUUCUUGACAAAUGAUGGUGAAUCGGAAGGACAACAUUUUCAGCAGACAUUAAACGAUGUAAACCUGUUUGAUUUACAGAAAGGACAACAAUCUCAGGCUGAAUAUAAUUCACCUUUACGUAAUGAGCACACGGUUAUUUCUUCAAAUCUACAAUCCACAUUUAACAGUUGUGCAGAUUAUAUUUUUUCAAAUAAUUACUUUUCACAAGAACAGCAAAUAAAUAACCAGAUUGUAGGAAGAGACAGCACGGAGUCUAGUGAUAUGUAUAUAAAAGAAUUUCUGAAACCUGGUCUUUCAAACAUAGUUCAGAAUAUCCACCAUUCUCAGAUGAAUACAAAAGAUGUUAGAAGUGAUAUUCACAGUGUAAAUAACCAUGAUAAUGUUAAUAUUUUAGGUCAACCACUUACAAACUAUACAUCUGUGAAUCCAAAUAAUCCAUUUGCAGAAGACUUUCGAAGUGAAUCAACGGAUGAACAAAAGGAUUCUUCGUCUAACAUAUAUUUACACCCGAAUAUAGAACAGAGAAUUAUUUACGGUAAUACAGUUAUAGACAAAGAAUCUUCUUCAGCCUACUCUUCAUAUUCGUCUCCACCUAAUCUAAAAAGUCCUCACAACAAUGAAGUAAAUUUGGAAACAGACUCUUCAUCUAAUCAAAACCUCCGCUGCAGAUGCAGACACCCAAAAUCAUGGGAAUGAAUAAUCAGUUUGACGGUCCGUCUAACAACCGACUUAUUUCGUCAGAAUGCCAUCCAUUUUAUGAAUCUGCCCGUUCUAGUAACUGGAUCCCGAACACUACACAUACUAGUUAUAAGCCGACAGAAGACUUUAUUUUUGAUGAUCAAAUGACAGAGAUAGAUUGUGGGCAGUAUCAAAAGAAUCUUGCAGUUACAUCCCUUUCAUUGUCUAUGGAUUCAUCAAACUCUAGUAGAUCUCCUACUCCACGUGGUUCCUGUAUAAAUGACAAUGACAAAUUAAUCAGGACAGGAGCAGAACAGGGAAUAUUAUAUUAUCACAACAGCACUCUACAUGAGUCCUGGUCCUGCAGACAACGGUCAAGUGAAAAUACUAAGUUUAAAGUCGCGGCAUAUCCUGUAACUGACUUUGGUGACCACAAACAAAAUUCAUUAAACUCAAGUCUAAUGGGAAGCGACUGUUCUGAGCAUGAUUCCACCUCACUGUGGAAUGAACACCCGUACGAAAAUCCAAAAACAACUGCGAUUCCUGUACCUGUAGUUUGUGCUGAUCCGCUAGACAGUUUUCCGAACGAAUCUUCACAAACACAUUUGAUCAGUGAGACAAGAGCAAAUACGAAUCUACCAGACUACAGGGAGGGACUUCUGAAUACAAUCUGAUUCAUUAAUUGUGUGAAGAUGUAUGAUAACAAUAUUUAAAUAAUACCAUCGUUCGACUGCAUAUUACAAUUCAGGACAACUCAUGAACUAUAAACGUGUAGAGCAGAAUGUCAUUUUACAUUUAUGAGAACUACAUUCAUGACUUUCCCUGGAUUCUGACAGAUAUAAAAUUUGACUUUUUUCAUUAUUAAUUUCACUUGUUAUGCCUCCUGACUAUUUACUCAUUUACACAUCCGUAUGCUUAUCACUCAGUGCACGGAUUAUACUUAUGUUUUUGUUAUCACAAGUACGAUGAAUUACAUUUAAAAAAUAAUAAAAUUCAAUCACAUAUUGAUUUGUAAAUAAACCUUGAAGAGAUACUUUGUACAAAUGAUUAUAUAUUCGUAAUUACUACAAUAAUAAUGAUGAUAUUAAUAAUUAAAACAUGUAACUGACUUGAUGAAUAGAUAAAUCCUUGUUACG